AUGGCGAAAAGACACAGCCUCCCAGUCAGAUGGCAUACUUCACCUCGCUGCAACUCCCAAGCACCACCCCAAUGCUACAGCGCGCUGCAUGUGGCUGUGUCUGCCGUUCCUAUGGUGUUUGUUUGCAUGCCCACGAAAAAAAAAAUGGAGCACUGAUGUUUAUUGCUUGGUUGGGAACUUUGCAGGGUCCAGCAAAAACAAAUGCCCUUUCUUGUUGACCCGGCUCACAAACUCUGUGCGCACCAGCGCAUUCAGGUAGUCCAAGCACUUGCUCCGCACAAGCCCACCUCCAACAGCCUUGACUAUCUCGUGCACGUACAUGCCCUGCCGGUUCAGGUCCAGCUCCUUCAAGAUCUGCUCAAUCGUGCUACGGUACGGGUCGCUCUGGUACCGGAUUGGCAGCCUGUCGAUGAUACGGCGCGUUUGCAGCACAGGUCUGCGGCUGUGUGCCUUGAUAACAACGCGUUUCUUUUGUUGCUGAGCGCCUGGUUUAACGCCGCUUGGGAUGCCAGCGCCAGUGUGUGGCUUCUGGGCUUCGGCUGGUGGGGACAGCAGAGGGAUGGGUUCUGGAUGCAUGGGCUCCGGCGGUGGUGUGGCUGGCCGCUCCAGGAAGCGCGUACGAGUCCGUGUUCGGUGCCUCUGGGAACUCCAUGCACUCGCUGUUGAGGCGCAAGCCCUGCAGGAACACCGAAAAGUUCCUGUUGAAACUGAGCAGACUGUCGUUGAUGCUGUCCAGCUGCUUCAUGUUGUCCGACAGCGCCGACACGUUCCGCUGCAGCUCAUACAGGCCGUCCUCGAAGCUCUGUGGAUUUGGGUAAAUGCUAAGUCGCCUUGUUGACAUUGCCAAAAUGAAAAAAAUAAGUUAAAACUAGAGAAAUAUGAAGCGGUCGCUAACAAAAC